AUGAGCAACGCUGAAGUUAAAAUAUUUAACAAUGAUCAACUAACAAAUCUUUUAAUUGGAAAGCAACCAAGAAUUGGACAUGGGAUUAGUGAAAAGCGGAGUCAAUCUACGUUAAAUAGAGACUUUACGGAUUUUUCAAAAUUCAAAUUCCCAGAACCAAUUGAACCAAUCAAGAAAAACCCUGUUCAAGAGGAAGAAAAAACUGAUCGUGCAAGUACACAACAAGCAGCUACAAGUCAAUUCAAUAAAUUACGGCAGGAAGAAAAAUUGAUAGGACAAGUCGAUCAAUAUUUAAGCGUUUACGAAUCAAACCAUAAGAGGAAGACUCUGAUGAUGCACCAAGAGUUUGAAGAGCAUUAUCUUCAGCCGGUCUCGAGAAAAUUGAUGAAGAAAGUUAACGGACCAGAAUACGACAAAUAUGUUCGUGCUAGAUCUCAAGCAAUUAAGACUUUUGAGACACAGAUUAGCCAAAAAGAUUCUUUACAGCGCCAAUUACCUUCAAUUCCAACAAUUAGCUUUGACACAAGCGACAUUGUUGAUCCUGUUAUGAAGUAUCGUAAAAAUGCACAGAAAGAACAAACCCUUACUAAAAUUAUUGCCAUGCAAAAUGGAGAAUACAAACCACCAGAGCCAAUUCAAGAAAGAGAUACUAUGAACCUCAAGAAAUGGAAGAUACUUGCACAGACACGUUUCUAUGAAGGAACAGGCUCAACUCCAAAAGGAAAGAAAGUUUUCCCUCAAAAAUUCCUUGAUAAUGUGCGCGAAGAUGAUUUUGCUGAGCCUCUCCCUAUUAUACCAGGUAAGAGAAAAGGAUACGUACCAAAAGAUAAUGAUAUAUUCUGA